CAGCGGCGGCGGCAUCUUCAGCGGAGGAGGCGGGUGAUCGUGGCGGCGACAUCUUCAGCGGCGUCACCAGAAGGAGGGGGAGCAGCCGUGCCCGGACGAGGUCGUCCCCAACUCCUGCAUCUAGUCGUCGACCUUACCAACACUGCAGUCACCGCUGCUGGUCGAGGUCGCCCAGGUUGACACCGGCCCCGCCGGACUGCAGGUCAUCCUGCCCGACAUGGUAUUUGGCAAUAUUGGCUCUUGGGCUGCCCAAUUGAUCACUGAAGCUGGUGGCAAGGUGGUCUCCAUCAGAGAUGUCACAGGGGCUAUCAAGAACUCCAAUGGCAUUGACAUAGCCAAGCUGAUGAAGCACUCGGCAGAGAACCAUGGGAUCAAGGGCUUUGACGGAGGCGACGCCGUCGACCCGACCUCGCUGCUCACGGAAGAGUGCGACGUGCUCAUCCCGCCAGCUCUGGGAGGAGUCAUAAACAAGGACAAUGCUGAUGCCAUCAAAGCAAAGUACAUCAUCGAGGCUGUUAACCACCCAACAGACCCCGAGGCCGACGAGAUUCUGGCAAAGAAGGGCGUGCUGAUCCUACCGGACAUCAUGGCCAACUCCGGCGGAGUGAUGGUCAUGACUGAUUCUGUAGUUGCUGAUUUGAUUUUUUUGCUUCCAAUGCUUUGUUAG